GCUGCCCCCCGCGGCCGGCUGAGGGGGCGGAGAGGGCGGCCGGUCACCCCGACACCGGGAUUCUGAGUUGCUGUGCCGACCGGGGGUGCCUGCGCACGGCUGCAGGGAGGCAGUGGCUGUUUGCUAAACCCCAGAGGAAGAGGACGUCCCGGGCCGGCCCUGCGGGCGACUUAGCUCCCAGCCGGGCACCAGGGAGCACCCGCCGGGCCCGGGGGACUGGUCCCCGGGGGCGCCUGCCAGGCCUCAGAGCCCCUAAGGGAGCAGGGGCCCCACCAUGCCAGCCAAGACCCCCAUCUACCUGAAGACCUCGACGCCGAAGCGGGGCCGGAAGCUGCGGCUGCGGGACGUGCUGUCGAGCGACAUGAUCAGCCCGCCGCUGGGGGACUUCCGGCACAGCGCCCACAUCGGGCCGGAGGGCGAGGGGGACAUGUUCGGGGAACUCUCCUUCCUGCAGGGCAAGUACGACCUGCUGCCCAGCCUGGGCCGCCGCCUGGCCUCGCAGAGCGCCCAGGCCGUGGGCCACGAGCCGGCCCGGGGCCCCGCCGCCAGCGGCUACCGCAGCCUGCUCAAGAGCGCCGUCUCCCUGCCCGUCUUCAGCGGGGCGCCCAGCCCGGAGCAGGCGCCCCCCAAGCCGCCCCGGCUGCACCUGGAGGAGCUGCCCAGCAGCCAGCGCUCCAUGUCCGUGAGCUGCGGCGAGGGCUGUUUUCACAGCGGCCAGGGCCUGGCCUUCUCCUCCAUCUCCCACUACGACCAGCUGCCCUCCUCCGUCUCCUUCUCCGCCGCCUCCUCUGAGGGCUCCUUCCCGGGCCCCUGGGGGCUGGGCUACGGCGCCCGGGCCGGCACGGACACCCAGCAGCCCCCGUACUCCCCCGGGGCCUCUGUCCCGCGCUCCGAGUCCCUGCUGGGGCUGGACCUGGACCUGGGCCCCUCCAUCCUGGACGACGUGUUGCGGAUCAUGGAGGAGUACAAGCUGCCCAGCGCCAAGGCCCUGUAGAGCCGUCCCGGCAGCCCCCCCAUGCGAGGGCGUGCUGCCCACUCAGAGAACGCCCUGACCUCUGUGCCGCCCACCGCCCCACGCUCCCGCCCUGGGCCCACGCGGGGCACGGCGGCUCUGGCCGCCUGGGCUCUGUGGGGAGCCUGCUGGGACUGGGGCACGGCUUAGCCCCUGACCCAGCGCGGCUCAGGAACUGGCCUCGGGCGUCGCCUGGCGGAGGAGAACACGGCGCAUGGACGCUCCCUCCAGCUCUGCCUGUCCAGCAACAGCAGCUCGGCUUCAGGAAGUUUCAGGCCUUCAGCGCUCCCUGCCCGGCUCUGCCCCCGGGCGGGCUGGGCUCGGGGCCGGCGAGGAUAUGGGCUGAGCUGUGCGCCGAGCUGUGGGCCUCGCCCCUGGCUCCUCGUUCUGCGGCAGCCGGAGACUCGCGGGCCCCGUGGAACGGGCUGCACCGGCGGGGACGCUCCUGGCGCUUUGCUGCUGCGCCGGCCCGGAUCCAGCCCUGGCCUGGGCCCCAGCUCGGGGCUGCGGGAUCCUGCCCCACUGGGCACAGAGCCCAUAUUUAAACCCUAACACCCCACCCCCCAGCGUAACCGCAGACCCCUCCCCCCCAUGUCCCUGCCUCCUGCCAUGGGCCUUGGCUGGCCGCUGACCCUGGUGGGGGGCUCCCGUACGCUCUAGGGCCAGGGAGACCCCGUGUGAUUCUCCACAGCGGGAAGAUCUGGGCAUGUCCCCCUCCCCCAGUCACUGCGGCAGCAUCCUUACAUCUGACCCCGCUCCCGCCGGGAGGGGCUGCCCCUGUCCAGCGCCCUCCCCCACGUCCCUGCGCACGAGGACUGGGGCCUGCCAGGGGGUGAGGUGGGAAAGGACGGGGAGGUUUGGUGGCCGGGAAGGGGAC